AUCCUAACCGUCCAAGUACCUUCCCACCCAAAAACCCUCCGCCACCGACACGUGCCCCGACCUCAACGGCUAGUUUUUCCGUCUUCUUUUAUUACCCUUCUUCAAGAAUUUUUCACUCACCGAAAAAAAAAAAAAUCGAGUCAGAACCAGAUCUUGAUUUCUCUGAGGAAAAAAAAAACCCUUUUUUUUAUUAUUGUGAAGGUGAAACCCAGAAAGGGGAAGAAGAAAAAAGAAUCAAUUUUAUUUUAAAGUGUUCUUUUGAUUUUGUUUGGAAACGAAAUCUUUGACUUUCAUUUGUGCGGCGGCAUUAUUCCAUUUUAGUCACGCUCGUGAUUAGUAUAUUUAGGAAGAUAGUUAUCAAGACGGGUCUCUUGUUUCCUUCUUCAGCACAGGCGUUACAUUUUUUCGAUUAGGGUUAUUUUGGCACUCUCUUGGGUCAAAUUGGGAAUUCAUUUGGUUUAGGGUUCUUCAAAUUUUUGAAUCAAUUUAGGCCUUUCUUUUUAAAAAUCAGAUAUUUGAGUCCAAAUUUGUAAAAUUAUGGCGAUUGGGAAGAAAUGUAGGUCGAGGGCAAAUGGAGGGUAUGGAAUGGGGCUUGUGAGAAGCACAUCGUUUGGGAGAAAAAGAGUUUUUCUUUCUAAUGUUAUCAGCUCAGAUUUUCAGAGUGAAGAUUUAGCAGCCACAACUCCUUCGAAACGACGUUGUUUCGAUCAAGAUUCGGUUUCUAUCGAGUCGAAAUCCGUGCUUGAGGAUUUGCCUCAAGAAAUUCUGAUCAAGAUACUUUGUGGUGUUGAGCAUGAUGAUUUGAAAAGGCUGUUUUUCGUUUCCAAAGCAAUUAGAGAAGCUCAUCAUUUUGCCUACAGCACACCAAGAAAGACGGUGGGCUUUCAAGACGAGUGGCAAUUUGGUAAUUUCGAUGAGGCCGAAGCCCCGAACGCACCAAAGCAAUUGAGGGUCCCUCGGCGUAAAUUAUCCGCCAAGAAAUUGGUCGAUAUUUCGGUUAAGCUCUUUGCUUCGAGCGAUGACAGUCAUUGGCCCAAGCGGAAUUUAUUUCUUGAGAUGGAAAUGGGUAAUUGA